AAGCCAAAAAGCACCAUAACGUCUCUUCCGAAGUCUUCCACUUAUUUGUCGAAGUUCAGGGAUCUCCUUCUUCUCUCGAGAUUCUUGGUCCUCAUCUUCGUGUUCAUCUCUCUCUCUCUCUCUCUUUCAGUUUUCAAACUUCUUUGUGAUCCUUUCCUCUUCAGAGUUGCAUUUUUCUUGGAGGCAUUCUUGACCAGUGACAUCUGCAAAUCUUUGCGAAAUACUUCAAUCUAUUCAUAUCGGAGCGAUUUAGUCACCUGGUUGACGCUGGCCUAGUUGAUACCAUUUCUCAGAAUUUUGAAUUCUUUCGCUGUUGAGUCAGAAGCUGCCGUUCAUUUACCUAAAUCGGAUCGCUUUCUACAAACACAGCAAUGGUCAAAAACGGGGAAGAGCUAAGUUUUACGAAGGUUUCCAUCACUGAGACCUAACUCGCUUUGAGUUCAUUGCAAAUAGCAAUUGCAGGAAGACACAGACAUAUGAGCUUUUCCACAUCAGAAUGUUGGAAUUUGAUAUGCAGAGUUAAUAAUUAUUUAAUAUUAAAUUUUAGGGUCACACUUUAUUAAUGUCUUUGGAAGAUUCACCUCCAAAUUUGCGUGAGUCAUGGAUGGUUUAUUUCAUGUGUAGAGGAUUAAGAAGGGAAUUUUUUAUCCACCAUAACAUUUCAUCAGGCAGGGAAAAAACAUGUUUGGCAAAGUGGUUCUUUCUUCCAUUUUCGUGCUCCUACUCAUCGCCUCAUAUACAGUUUUCAAAGGUGACUUCAAUAUUCGAUCUCAUUUCGCCAUGUCAUUAAAUUCUUCGUCUCCGGAGGUUGUAUAUGCACCUCCGCCUCUCCUGAUCUACAUGUACGAUCUUCCUCGUCGAUUCAAUGUCGGGAUGCUUGACAGGAAUAAUUCGGCGAAAACUCCGGUUACGGCCCAAGAUUGGCCGCCGUAUCCGGUGAAUUCUGGGCUAAGGAAGCAACACAGCGUAGAGUACUGGAUGAUGGGUUCGCUUAUCUAUGAUGGAGACAAAGACCAAACCGAAGCAAUAAGGGUUUCGGAUCCUGAACUUGCCGAUGCCUUCUUUGUACCAUUCUUUUCUUCAUUAAGUAAUAAUUUACAUGGGCAUCAAAUGAGUGGUCCAGCUACGGAGGCUGAUCAUAAAUUGCAGAGUGAUGUAGUUGAAUUCUUGAGAAAAUCUGAAUAUUGGCAAAGGUCAGGAGGUAGAGAUCACAUUAUUCCUAUGACACACCCAAAUGCAUUUAAGUUCCAGAGGAAUCAGGUUAAUGCGUCCAUUCAGGUCGUUGUCGAUUUUGGUCGCUUCCCCAAGCGUGUUUCUAAUUUGAGGAAGGACGUGGUGACCCCAUAUGUACAUGUUGUGGAUACUUUCACUGAUGAUGAUGAGUCAAAAGAUCCAUAUCAGUCUCGCUCUACUCUGCUUUUCUUUCGAGGCGGAACAAAACGAAGGAUGAAGGCUACUAAGGACAUGCGUUCAUCAAAGUUCUGUUUGGAUCCUGCAGGGGACACGCCAUCGUCUUGUCGUCUGUUUGAUGCAAUCGUGAGUCAUUGUGUUCCUGUGAUA